UAAAUACGAAUUUUUUAAUACUGUAAUACUGUAAUACUAUUGCGUAAACAUCGAAAUUUCGACCGCCGGUAUCAUUUACUUUGAUUCAUUGAAAGUGAAACAAAAAAAUCUUAAUAAUUUAAGAAGAAUAAAUUAGUUGAACGAUAAAACAAUGUUUUCCUCAUCAAUUCGUUGUCUAAUUCAAUCUUCAGCAACAACAACAACAGCGGUAGCAUCAUCAUGUCAAUUAUCACCAUCGAUAAUUUAUCUGACACGAAGAUCCAAUUCAUGGUGGUCACACAUUGAAAUGGGUCCACCAGAUGCUAUACUUGGUAUUACCGAAGCAUUUAAACGUGAUACAAAUCCAAAAAAAGUUAAUCUUGGUGUUGGUGCCUAUCGUAAUGAUCUUGGUAAACCACAUAUAUUACCCAGUGUUAUAAAAGCUGAAGAAAAAUUGAAUGAAUUAAAUUUGGAUAAAGAAUAUUUGGGAAUAGCUGGCCUACCAGAAUUUACAGCAGCUGCUGCUCGAUUAGCAUUUGGUGAUAAAAGUCCAGUAAUCACUGAAAAAUUGAAUGCAACAGUUCAAGGAAUAUCCGGUACAGGAUCAUUAACGAUUGGUGCAUAUUUUCUUCGUGAUUUUCAUCAAGGUCCAAAAGAUGUUUAUAUGCCAACACCAACAUGGGGAAAUCAUAUACCAUUAUUUAAACGUGCCGGUUUUAAUAUAAAACAAUAUCGUUAUUAUGAUCCAAAAACAUGUGGUUUUGAUUUUCCAGGUGCAUUGCAAGAUAUUGCAAAAAUUCCGGAAAAAUCAAUAAUUUUAUUACAUGCUUGUGCACAUAAUCCAACCGGUGUUGAUCCAAAACUUGAUCAAUGGCAAGAAAUGUCCAAUCUAAUUAAACAACGAAAUCUAUUACCAUUUUUUGAUAUGGCAUAUCAAGGUUUUGCUACCGGUGAUAUUGAUCGUGAUGCAUCAGCAUUACGAUUAUUUAUUCAAAAUGGUCAUCAAGUUUGUCUAUCACAAUCAUUUGCUAAAAAUAUGGGACUUUAUGGUGAAAGAAUCGGUGCAUUCACCGUUGUUGGUUCAUCACAGGAAGAAGCUAGUCGCAUUAUGUCACAAAUCAAAAUCAUUAUUCGUCCAAUGUAUUCGAAUCCACCAUUACAUGGUGCACGUAUUGCAUCAAUGAUUUUAAAUGAUUCUUCAUUACGUACACAAUGGUUAAAAGAUGUUAAAGAAAUGGCACAACGUAUUAUAAUGAUGCGUGCAAAACUGCGUAAUAUAAUCGAAUCAGAAGGAUCGACACGUAAUUGGCAACAUAUUACCGAACAGAUUGGAAUGUUUUGUUUUACCGGUAUGGAUAAAUCACAAUGUGAACGUUUGACCAAAGAAUUUAGUGUCUAUCUAACAAUGGAUGGACGAAUUAGUGUUGCCGGGUUAUCAUCAUCAAAUGUUGAAUGGGUUGGUAAAGGAAUUCAUGCUGUUACGAAGUGAAAAAUCAAACUACUGACUGACUGAUCAUCAGCAUUCAUUAAAUUAUUAUUAUUAUUACACAUUUUGUUAACAUUCAUUACAUAAUAAUGGAUUAAAUAAUAGUUAAACCAGAAA